UUCCCCCAGUAGAGUGUCUUUGCCCCGCCCACAACAGGGAGCUUUCCCGCCAGUAAUUUGUGUCUCUGCCCCUCCCACAAUGGGGAGGUUUCCCCCAGUAGUUGGUGUCUCUGCCCCUCCCACAAUGGGGAGGUUUCCCCCAGUAGUUGGUGUCUCUGCCCCUCCCACAAUGGGGAGGUUUCCCCCAGUAGUUGUUUGUGUCUCUGCCCCGCCCACAAUGGGGAGGUUUCCCUCCAGUAGUUGGUGUCUCUGCCCCUCCCACAAUGGGGAGGUUUCCCUCCAGUAGUUUGUGUCUCUACCCCUCCCACAAUGGGGAGGUUUUCCCUCCAGUAGUUUGUGU